UAAUGAAGUAUUCUAAUAACUCUUCCAUUACUUCUUCUUCUAAAGGAGACAGGUUCGAGAUUAAAGCUUUUAGGUUGCUUAAAAAUAAAAUAAAGAUUGACUACCAAAGGGAUGAUAUGAUAGGCAGAAAACUGGAAGCACAUCGUGGCCACAGGGGAUGUUACAAGAGCCAAGUAAUAAUUGCUUGUGAACAUCCUUCUCUGUUAUCAAGAGAUGAUGGUGGCAUAGACAUGUUUGGCAAUCAUAACCAUUACUUAUUAUUGUUUCAAUGCAAAGACCUUGCUAGCACAGUUAAUGAUAGUUAUUCGAGCAGUGCUAUAGGAAGGGCCAAAUCAUCAGAAUAUCAUUUAUUACUGACAAACAUACAUGAUCUGUGUCCGGACAUUCUCGAAUACUUGUCUAAAGUAUUAAACGAUAAUUCUGUCAAGGAAAAGAUUUAUAGGAUUGAAGAAAAG